GCGCGCCUUGGAGUCUUUCUGAUCAGGCACCGGAAGUGCAGACCGGCUGGGGUCCUGAGGAGCCAUUGCCAGGGAAACGGCGGGGAAGGUCAGGAUGGUCCAGAAAAUCCUCAAUAAAGUUGUUGGAGCGAAGUACAUCUCCGUUCUGAGGACGUGGGUACCAAACAUGGUCACAUGGGGGAGCGUGGGGGGCGUGGCCCUCGUCUACUUCACAGACUGGCGGUUAAUUCUAGACUACGUUCCCUACAUCAAUGGAAAGUUCAAGAACGACAAGUAACUGAACAUGGUGGAGCUGUGGGCGGAGUCAUGGAGGAACGCCACCUUCAGGCUGCAGAUGCUGUACAGAUGUCUUCCCGCUGUUUGAGCCUGUUAAUGCUGCUGUAAAUGUCCAGAUAUUAAACGAUUCACUGAAAUGCA